AUUAUAUUUAAGCAGUUAGCAACACUUUGCUGGACACGUCAAAAUCAGCUAUUUGACGUAAACAUGGACGGUCAAUUAUUGGAGCCUUCAUUAUAUACAGUGAAAGGAAUGGCCAUCCUUGAUAAUGAUGGCAACAGGAUAUUGGCAAAGUACUAUGAUAAAAAUGUGUUUCCAACAUCAAAGGAGCAAAAAGCUUUUGAGAAAAAUCUGUUUUGUAAAACACACCGAGCAAAUGCAGAGAUCAUCAUGUUGGAUGGUUUGACUUGUGUCUACAGAAGCAAUGUUGAUUUGUUUUUCUAUGUGAUGGGCAGCUCACAUGAAAACGAAUUGAUCUUAAUGAGUGUUUUAAACUGUCUAUAUGACUCGGUUAGUCAAAUCCUCAGAAAGAAUGUGGAAAAGAGAGCGGUAUUGGAUAGCUUGGAUAUAGUAAUGCUAGCGAUGGAUGAAAUUUGUGAUGGCGGUAUAAUUUUGGAUGCGGACGCGACGAGUGUAGUGCAGAGGGUAGCACUGCGAACCGAUGACAUUCCACUUGGAGAACAAACAGUAGCACAGGUAUUGCAGUCAGCUAAAGAACAACUUAAGUGGUCAUUAUUAAAAUAAAUAUUAUAAAUAUGAUUCUUUCUCAUAAACAGGUAUGCAAUAUACAUCAUAAAAUAUUGUAUAG